AUGAACAAAGACAGCAAUGAAUCAGUGAAGACUUCUGUCUUUGUUAACAUUUACAGAAAAAAAGAUGAGAAGAAGGACGAGAAGAAGGACGAGAAGAAAGAAGAGAAGAAAGAUGAAAAGAAGGACGAGAAGAAAGACGAGAAGAAAGACGAGAAGAAAGACAAGAAGAAAGAUGAGAAGAAAGACGAGAAGAAGGAUGACAAGAAAGACGACAAGAAGGAUGCAAAAAAGGACGACAAAAAAGAGCAGCCGAAGGAGGUGUGGAUCAUGGAUCCCGCCACAGAUUUGUACUACCGCUGGCUCUCUGCAUUAGCAAUCCCAGUCUUCUACAACCUCAUGCUGCUCGUGGCGCGGGCCUGUUUCAACGAGCUGCAGGUCAACUACACAACCCUGUGGCUGGUCCUGGACUACAGCUCCGACGUCUUCUACUACAUCGACACGUUUGUGAGAGCCAGAACCGGUUUCCUGGAGCAAGGCCUGCUUGUGAGAGACGCAAAGCUCUUGAAGGAAAAGUACAUGACGACGCGGCAGUUCAAGUUUGACGUCAUCUCAAUCUUGCCGACAGACGUCGUUUUCUUCUUCAUCGGGAUCAACAACCCGGAGUGGAGGUUCAACCGGCUUUUGCGGCUGCCCCGACUCUUUGAGUUCUUCGACCGCACGGAAACUCGAACCAACUUUCCGAACAUCUUCCGAAUUGCCAACCUCGUCGGGUACAUCAUCAUCAUCAUCCACUGGAACGCCUGCCUCUACUUCGCCGUCUCCAAGGUCCUCGGCUUCGGCUCAGAUACGUGGGUGUACCCGGCCUUAACCGGUCCCAAGUUUUCACGCUUGGCCAUCCAGUACAUCUACUGCUUCUACUGGUCCACCCUCACCUUGACCACUAUAGGUGAGACUCCGCCCCCCGUCAGAGACAUUGAAUACUUUUUCGUGGUUGCCGAUUUCCUCACGGGAGUCCUCAUCUUCGCUACGAUCGUCGGCAAUGUCGGUGCCAUGAUUUCCAACAUGGGCGCCGCUCGCGUGGAGUUCCAGGCCAAGAUCGACUCCAUCAAGCAGUACAUGCAUUUCCGUAAAGUCACCAAGGACCUGGAGGCCAGAGUGGUGAAGUGGUUCGACUACCUGUGGACUGAGGAGAAGACCUGUGACGAGAAGCAGGUGCUGAAAAACCUCCCGGACAAGCUGAAGGCUGAGAUCGCCAUCAACGUCCACCUGGAGACCCUGAGCAAAGUCCGCAUCUUUCAGGACUGCGAAGCGGGUCUGCUCAUUGAGUUAGUCCUGAAACUUCAGCCUCAGGUCUUCAGCCCCGGGGACUACAUUUGCAAGAAGGGAGACAUCGGCCGAGAAAUGUACAUCAUCAAAGAAGGAAAGUUGGCCGUAGUGGCAGACGAUGGAGUCACCCAGUUUGUGGUCCUGAGCGACGGAGCCUACUUUGGAGAAAUCAGCAUUCUCGGAAUCAAGGGAAGCAAGGCGGGAAACCGGAGAACGGCCAACAUCCGAAGCGUCGGCUACUCCGACCUGUUUGCCCUCUCCAAAGACGACUUGAUGGAGGCGCUAACAGAGUAUCCUGAUGCCAAGUACGCUCUGGAGGAGAAGGGAAGGGCCAUCCUCAUGAAAGACAACCUCAUUGACGAGAAUCUGGUUGCAGCAAGCGACGCCAAGGACUUGGAGAACAAAGUCAACCAGAUUGAAGCCAGCGUGGAGGUGAUGUCCAACAAGUUCAAGAAGCUGACGACACAGCACGAGUCCUCUCAGCGGAAGCUAAAGCAACGGCUAAGUAACCUGUCCAACCAGGUGAGAACCCUCAGGACUGACGAUGAGUGACGAGACAUCAUCUGCUCAGACGGAAAAGACUGUUCUUUCAAAGAAGCAUCUUACGUCUACUCAAAAACUUAACACCAAGGAAAAGAGGGAA